AUGGCGAACUGCGAUUGGGGUGGUUCAUGUAUCAACUCGGACCCUUUCACACCCUUUUUCGAUUUCCGCGCCGUUCACAAAAUCGAUGGGCACUCACUAUGCCCCACAGGUGACAGAGAAAACCCCCUUACCACUCGUCAUUCUUCGCGCCCGGUCCGGGCAGUUACAGUUUCUGAAGUUUAUAGGUGUUGCGGUAUGCUCCACUGGCUUGCGGCGUGUACGGCCCUUGAACACGUUUCGUUUGAAAUUGUGGUGCACCGUGACGACUUUGGUCUGAGUUUCCCAAAUGUUGAUAGAUUCAGUGCCCCAAAAUUCCGACAGGCCCUUCUUCCUUUCAGUGGAACGCUCAAGACCCUUCGCGUGGCGGCUGAUGAGAGUUUUUAUAUUGACCUGGAGUGGCAAUACGAGGACAUAGAAGAGGAGCCGUUUGGGUCAUUCAAGGAAUUUGUUGUCCUCCAGGAUUUCGUGGUGCGACAUUCCCACCUAAUAAGACUAUUCCCUUCUCGCUCGAGUGGUGAGGAUAGAAAGCCAUUUGUUGACAUUCUUCCGCCCUCCCUCAAGAGCCUAAGUGUGAAAGAUAUUGUGGAUGAAGGCUAUCCUGAUCUCUUGUUUGGAGCUUUCAAUGUUGUUGCGACACAAGCAUUCCUUUCUUCGACGUGA